AUGACCAUUACCCACUAUGAACCAACAACACUCGGCGCAACACUGAACGGCGGACGAUAUGCAGUGCUACGGAAGCUGGGCGAGGGAAUCACAGCGGUGACGUGGUUGGUGCAUGAUUUGUCGAUGCCAGAGAACCGCCUCAAGUACUUCGCUGCCAAAAUUUUCAGUGUUGAAGCUACUGCCGAGCAUAAUGGGCCUGCCCGCGAGCGCAACAUCCUCCAAGCCAUUUUAGACUCUAGGGACUCGGAACAGGGGCCAAUCAAAGAAGGACAAUACUACAUACCCCAUCUGUACGACGGCUUCAACGAGGGACCUCACCUCUGUCUCAUCAUGUCGUUGUACAGCACCUCAGUCGCCGCCCUUCGACGCUCUGGACCUAACAAGUGUCUUCCUGUCUAUAUGGUGCGCAGCAUCAUCCAUAUGACCCUCCACGCCCUUGGACUGCUGCACGACCUCAAAAUUGUCCAUACUGACGUCAAGGCGGACAACAUUCUCUUCACCAACGCCCGCUUCUCGGCGGUACAGGAGCUUAAAGAUUACCUUGAGCAAUACCCUUCGCAAUUCGACAGUCAACCUCAACCGCUUCCACACGAUUUUGCGUACAACAGUUCGGCAUUCCAAGCGGAGCUGAUCACGGUUGCGCUUCUCGACUACUCGCAUGCCCAAUCGUCAGAGGGCGUUAUAUUUGGGAUGACCUGCUGCUCGCCCGCCCUCCGCCCACCAGAAGUCCUCCUCUCGUCUGGCUUUGGACCCGCAGUUGAUAUAUGGGCUGUCGGAUGCUUGACAUUUGAGCUUCUUGUUGGACAGUGUCUCUUCCAUCCAGAAGACGGAGGCGACAGCUAUACAUUGGAGGAUGAUCUUCUUGCCCAGAUGCAAGACCUGACCGGCCAGCAAUUUUCUGCUGACGUUCUCGCUCGCGCCAAAAACAGAGCCAAGUAUUUUGAUGCUCAAGGUGACCUCCUCCGCCGGCGCAUUCCAAAGCCGACACCACUUUCCAUUGAGCAGAUGAUACGAAACCACAACAUCGCUGGUUUGGCGGAGGAAGAUAUCAAAGAGAGUGCAGAGUUCAUUCAGGCGUGUUUGCAGCUGGAUGACAGGCGGCGAUUCACGGCGAAAGAGUUGCUCGAGUAUAGUUUCGCGGACAAGGCUUGGUUGUGCGAAUAG